AUGGGCCAAAGGGAAGUCGAUUUGCCACAACUUUUCUCUGACGUCUCGAGAACUGUUUCUGGGAUUAAGAACAUUUUGGGAGUUGAUCCACCACUACAGGCCGACGCUGGGAUGGGACAAGCUGCGAGUACCGCUCAGCGAUCAUCUGGAGGUUUGGGCUCUCUGUUCGGCGGUGGGGAUGUGUGCUUUAAAACGUGUGGAAUGGAGGAUAUUCAAUUCGCAGCUAGAUCAGCCGGUGACAUGUUCAACACGUUGCGAAUUUGUCUUCUCGUUUCAACCGUCGUGCUCAUCCUUUGCGCUGUUUUGCUCACGUUAUCAGCUAUCUACAUGACAUGCCGUCGAAAUCCUCCACGUCGCCCGGUCAUGCCGAGUUGUAUCACGGAUCUUUUCGUCAAAUCCGACAAAUCAUCAAAAGAAGAGCUCAAUUCUUCU